UUCAUACCAAAUUUCAAUCAUCAAUCAAACAAGACCAAACUUCAUAGUAUCUCAUUUGCCUUCAAUUUCUACAAUGAGCCGUCGCGCUGCAAUGCAAGUCUCAAGGCUAUUCAAUAGCACUUCCACAAUUUCACAAGGCUCUACAUUCCUUAAGUCUACCCUGAUGCUCGGGAAUAGGCAUCGGAGUAGCAUGGCUUCACAAGAAAAGGCUAAAUCAGGAGCCGAUGGUAAGGAUGAUCAAGGCACCGUUAGCAGCUAUUGGGGCGUGGUUCCUCACAAAAUACGCAAGGAUGACGGGUCGCCAUGGCCGUGGAACAGUUUCCGGCCGUGGGAGACAUACACGGCGGACACGAGUAUCGAUGUAAAGAAGCACCAUGAGGCUAAGACUCUCAUGGACAAGUUUGCUUAUGGGACUGUCCAAGCUCUCAAAUACCCAACCCACUUAUUUUUUCAGAGGCGGCACAUUUGCCACGCGAUGCUGCUGGAGACGGUGGCGGCGGUGCCAGGGAUGGUGGGCGGGAUGAUGCUGCACCUGAAAUCGCUGCGGCGGUUCGAGCAAAGCGGGGGAUGGAUCAAGGCGCUGCUGGAAGAGGCGGAAAACGAGCGGAUGCAUCUGAUGACGUUCCUUGAAGUAUCGCAGCCGAAAUGGUCGGAGCGAGCCCUUGUUAUCGCGGUGCAGGGCGUCUUCUUCAACGCCUACUUCGCCGCCUACCUCAUUUCGCCCAAAUUAGCGCAUCGCAUCGUCGGAUACCUAGAGGAGGAGGCCGUCAAUUCCUACACCGAAUUCCUUGAAGAUUUGGAGAAGGGGUUGGUCGAGAAUCAGCCCGCGCCGGCUAUAGCCAUUGAUUACUGGCGGCUUCCUGCCGAUUCCACGCUCAAGGACGUCGUCACAGUUAUUAGAGCCGAUGAGGCGCAUCACCGUGAUCUCAACCACUAUGCAUCGGACAUACAAUGCCAAGGACAUGAACUGAAGGAAUAUCCCGCUCCGCUUGGAUACCACUGAAAGCCUAUUCAACUAAAUUAAUCGAUUAUUAGUAAUUUAUAACUUGAUUUUAUUGUUUGUUUGUGAGAUUUGCUUAGAGUAAAGUGAAUCACUGAGCUUGUAAGUAUUGAGCUUGUAAGUAUUGAGAUUUGUAUGAAUUAAAGAUUAGCACUAGUAUUGAGAAAA